CGCAAAGACGGUCACUGGAACAUUCAAUGGAAAGUGAUAGAGAGUGCUGUUUAUUCUUUUUCGCGUUUAUUUUCAUUUUUGUCGAUCAUCUUAUUUAUAGAUUAACAGCUCAAGUGCAGUACUAUAUAUAUGUCAAUAAUAUAAACUCUAUAAAGACAGAAUUGAAAAUCUGGUAAAUAUAUAUAUUUAUCUUUGACCACCGACGAUCGAGAGACUAUUUUGAUUGUUCCAAUUAAACUUAUUCAAUUUCUUCAUGAAGAAAAUUUUAUAUAAAAGCUAUAAUUUACGUUACGGAUAAUUUUUAGUAAAAUUUGUCUCGAAGAGAACGUUUUGAAAUUUAGAAUUGAUUUUACAACGAAAUAAUGAAAAUAGUAAGAUACCAACAUAUGAUUUUAGCACAGACUCGAACCACAUUUAUUUUAUCAGCAGUGUCAUAAAAUCGAUGUGGCUUGUAGUUCCAAAUGUAAAAGUAUCGAUAUCAGUGGCGGUAAUGUUCGAAGAUUUUAAGAUUUCAAGCAAUUUCAAUCUUAAAAAAAAGUUGAGAAGAAUGACUCGGGUUUUUCUCUACUUGAUAUAUAUUUAUCGUUUUAUUUCCCAAUAAACUUUAUAAAUAUAUUUUGUAAUAUUAUUUUAUGUCUUAAUUAUUUAAAAUAAUAAGCAUUGUUUGUAAAUUAUCUACGCGCCGUGUAUCUCAGACGGGUCGAGUGAUCGUAUAUUUUUCACCCCCAAUGAAAUGGCACAAUAUCAUAUAGCAAUAAUAUAAAAGUUUCUUAAAGUUUUUUUUCAGAUUUAAGAAAAUAAAUAUUUCGUAUUUUUAAUUUUUCUUAUAUUAGAUAGUAUAAAGUUUCUAUUGGUAGAGUUUAUCUUCUUUAGUAAAUGAUGUUUGAUACCAAAUUAAAUUUUUAUUGAAUACGACAUAUAUACCGGAGUUACCUUAUGAUUCUCUAAUAAAUUAUUUCAUAUAAUUUUUUCUGAUUCUCUUUUUAUUUCAGUAAUCAAAUUUUGUCCAUCUUUUCGUUCAAUUUAAUCUUUUUAAAUUCUUUAUUGGUAGAGAUAUAUCUCGUAAAUUGUUUUUCGUCCAUUUGCUGAGAGUAAUUGGUCCAUUAGUACAUGACAUAACAAUGCGCGACUUUACGGCUAUAAAUCAAACUGUAGGCGACGUGACAAUUAAAAUUUAAUAGAAAUACCUAAUCGCCGGUAUUUAAAACAAUUCAAGCGCAAUUCUUGGGAACUGCUUAUUCAAUUAAUUAUGUUUUGUAAUGUGUCAGUUUCUAUUGGAAGACCCUUGCUACUCGUGUAGUAAACAUGCACACGAUGACAUAUAUCUCUUCCCGUGGUAAAGUAGCAAGUGCGUAAUGAGUAGCAUUUAAGUCUUCGAUUCAUUUACAUACUAUUACACACCAGAGGACAGACAGUGCGUUGAAAAAUACAUUAAAUAAUAUUGUCUCAGAAAUAGCAUUGCAAUAAACUUGGGAAAAUAUGUAUUAAUCACGUUUAAAUCGUAAAUAUAAUAAAUUAUAAUAAUAUUAAUGAAUUAAUUAGAAAUGCAUUUUUAAAUAAUUACAGUAUGAUAAAUAUAUAAGAAUCAAACGUGGUCUCCUUAUAAGUGAAAGCGCUGAUUGCACAAAAAUUCGAGAGGAAAUGUUUCGUGCAAUUAGAAUUUUGCAAGCCAAUAAAUUCUGAGUGUGAGAGUGAGUAUGAUAUUGUUUAACCAAGCAAUGAUUAAUUAAACUAGAGUCGAGGUUAAUUGACGCGUUGAUGAAAUUGAUCUAUAUCACCGGACUCUAAUGAGCCCCGCAGUUUUAACUGGAGAGAUCUCGACGCUCACAAAAUAAAUCGCCCGACGAUAAUACAGCCUGCAUUUUAUUAACUAUCAAUAAGCGCAUCGAUCAUAUUUUCGUUUGAAGUAAAAAUUAAAUAACACGUGUGCUGCUUCGAGGUAAUACUUGUAACAUUUGUAUGACUUAACUUAAUGAUGUAUUCUUGUCUAGAAUAAAAGUUGAAUAAGGUGUUUGCUUUAAGAUGUAAUAUUUAUGGCAUAACUCAGCACACAAUAUUUAUGAUAAAUAUUUAUAAUAUUUUAUAUGAAUAAAAAAAUAUAUAUUUAUCUAACAUGUUGAUAUAUGUUAGUAUAUAGAUUAAAUAUUUUAUACAAUAUUUAUGGAAAAUUUUUAUGUAAUCUGUUCAUUACUUAACUCUAAAAUCACGAAAAUAUUUAUGAAAUAUUCUUAUAUGUUUUAUAAAAUAUUCAAAUAAUUAUUAUGAAUAUUUUGUAAAACUUUCAAAAAUAUUGCGAUUUGGAAAGGGUUUGCUGUAACAAUGGGUUAACCUACUUAAAAAAAAACAAAUAAAUUCUACAAUCACUUUUAGUAACUUUUACUUUAUUUUCUCCGUUUUUAUAAAUGUGCGUGUUGCCCAUUGCUGCAGCAAGUCCUUCAACUGCUGUAUAUUGCUCUUCAAACACAGGUGCUAUAACUGACUUAUAAGUCGUUUGGUGGAUUAUAAAAAUGCUUUCGUCGCAAGAAGGAAGAAACGCCACCGGAUACGGCAAGCGUGUACGUGUCUGUAAAAAGCCGACGCCACCCCGCGAUCGCGGGAAGAGAUCUCGAAGAAACGAGAGGACGUCGCGGCCAAGCGGCGGCGGAUCGGACACGCGAUUGAAGCGAUUCUUUCGGAGAAUUGUCAUUGACUGUUAAACACUUGCGCAGUCACCACGCCGCUUUAUGGUCCCGGCUGUGUCCGGGAAUAUGAGGGCCAUCUACUUGCUCCUCCUCGGCGUUGUCGCCGUGAGUGCCCAGCGUCGUUUAGCCUUGCCCGAUCCGCGAAGUUGCGCGAACCGCGUCCGCCACUCGACGUACAGGGAUGGCAGGGGGGUCGUACACUCGUACUUCUUCAGCUGGGAACAUCCGCCGACCAGGAAUCUCGAGGUGGACUGGCUGGACGCUCGCAACAUCUGUCGCCGUCAUUGCAUGGACGCCGUGUCCCUGGAGACCCCUCAGGAGAACGAAUUCAUCAAGCAGAGAAUAGCGAGAGGAAACGUGAGGUACAUUUGGACCUCGGGCCGCAAGUGCAACUUCAACGGCUGCGACCGACCUGAUCUUCAGCCCCAGAACAUUAAUGGAUGGUUCUGGUCUGGAUCUGGCGCCAAGAUCGGACCCACAACCCAGCGUAACUCCGGAGACUGGAGUAACACUGGAGGAUACGGUCAACCGCAGCCAGAUAAUCGUGAAGCUGCACAGGGUAACGAUGAGUCCUGCCUGUCCAUUUUGAACAACUUCUACAACGACGGUAUCAAGUGGCACGACGUGGCCUGCCAUCACGUGAAGCCCUUCGUGUGCGAAGACAGCGAGGAGCUCCUCAACUUCGUCGCGUCCCGAAAUCCAGGAAUCCGUCUGUGAAGGGCGACCGCGGACGGACACGGGCGAGCGGACCAUCAUCGUACAUCGAAUGCGAUAUAACUUGAACGCGACGGUAUUUCACGCGCACCGCGUACUCUCCCCUUUGUCGUAUGUUUAUUAUUUAUAUAAUUUACACUAACCGAUAAUCUUUUUUAACGGGCCGCGAUUGUAGUGUUGCGCAAUUCACCGUAAGCGAAAAGAAAAAGCGAUUGGUAGCUCGAAGUAGGCGGUAAAUGCAUUUAGUAUACGCGUAAAUUUCUUGUAAUUUCCUUUUGUACUCCUUUCGUAUGUGAAUAAAUGCAUUUUCUUAUUUGUA